UUUUUUUUUUUCCACGAACCAUUUACUCGACCAUAAAACCAGGUGAUCCCUCAUGCUCCAAACAAGUCAUCCCCAUCCUCGCCAUCACUACCUCAGUGGCCAAACUUCCCGCCGCUGCUCCUUUUACGGCCCCUCCAGAGCAUUUAAGCCGCCUCGGCCGUAUGCGACCCUCGAUUAUUCUGAAUCAUUUCACUUAAAGGCCUAGUUGUUUUUCCCUUCAGUGAGAGGGCAAUUAUGACCCGCUAAAUGUCUGAUACUUCUGCAUGAGUGCGUGCAUCUUCUGAUUGGUAUCUCACGCCCAUGAUGGAGUGUAUGACAACAUGUACCUCCAGUGAGGACGCUCACUCCACAGCCUCCCCAUUCAAAAUGGGAACCUGUUUUUGAGAGGACCAAUGGCACAUUUUUCCUUUUUCUCUCAGCCGUGUCGUCCCAAGCGUCUCCACGAUGCACGUGGCCGUCAAGGAUUGCGUGGCCCUUUUUGUCUACUCCUUCACUUUUCUCCUGGGCCUUCCCGCCAACUUGCUUGUUCUGUUCGUGUACGUCCGUAAAGCCCGCAAGCGCGGCGCCACGCCUAACGUGGUCUACGCCCUCAACCUCUGCCUGGCCAACCUGGUCCUGGUAGCCUGGUUGCCCGUCAAGGCUUUGGAGACUUUGCUUCAAGACUGGCGGUUCCCGGCUCCCGUGUGCCCGGUUUAUAGCUUCUUCCUUUUUGCGUCGCUCUACGGAAGCUGUCUGUUCAUCACGGCCGUGACGACGGGACGCUACCUCAGCAUCGCCUUCCCUCUCGUCUAUAAGCGCUACCGCCGAGCGCGUCUCUCGUGCUUCAUCAGCGCGGCCCUGUGGGCCUUGGUGCUGCUUCACCUCGGCGUCGGCCUGGUAGCAGAAGGCGGCGCCAACUUCGUCUCGGUCAAGGACGACACUUUGGCGUGCUACGACCAUUUCAACGCCUCCCAGCUGGCCGUGCUCCUGCCGCUCCGUCUGGAGAUGGCCGUGGUUCUGUUCCUGCUGCCACUAGCGGUGUCAUCCUUCUGCACGCUGCGUUGCGUCACCCUGGUGUGGCACUCCAACUUAAGGCCCGUGGGGAAAAGACGAGUCUUGGCGGUGGCGCUGUCCACGUUGGCUGUGUUCGUGGUGUGCUACGCUCCCUACAACGCCUCGCACGUGGUGGGCUUCGUGACGGGGGAAAACGUCAAGUGGAGAACGUACGCCAUGUUGACAAGCUCUUGUAAUGUUUUCCUGGAGCCCGUCGUCAUGCUGAUGUUGUCGUCGGCCACCUCGAGGGGGAUGGCGGGAAGGAUUUGCGGAGGACAAAGCAGAUUGAGUCGGACUGAAGGCUUUCGACAUCGUUGCACCUCUCCAAACACCGUGGCUAAUAUUCGGUCACCGGCUACAAUUACCGAGGGGAGCCGAGCCGGGGCGGACGUGCAAAAACCCAGUCAGGAAUGAGGUUACUAUGGCAACUAGUUCCUCAUUA